AUGGGCAACGGUAUGAACAAGGUCCUUCCCGGCCUCUACGUUGGGAAUGUUCGAGAUUCCCAAGAUCAGGUUCAGCUGCGAGCGAACAACAUCACUCAUAUCGUUGCGAUCCACGAUACGGCCAGGGAGCCUGCACAGGCGUAUCUCUGCCUCCAAGCAGCCGAUUCCCCCUCACAGAACCUUUGUCAAUUCUUUCCGCAGUCUAAUGACUUCAUUCACACCGCCCGUACAAAUGGAGGCAACGUACUCGUGCACUGUCUCGCGGGUGCUUCGCGAAGCGUCACCAUCGCUGUCGCUUACAUUAUGACAGUGACGAGUUUGAACUCCAAAGAAGCACUGAAAGCUGUGCGCGGUGCUCGGGACGUCGCAAGUCCCAACGAUGGAUUCCAGAAGCAAUUGGUGGAGUUCGAAUCUCGAAAACUCAACGAGGAGAGACGACGUCUCCGAGGCAAAUAUCCUCGAUCUCAAUUCUGGGACGAUGAAAAAGAGUGCCGGAAGCUGCUUUCCACCUAUCAGGCCCGCGAACUCUUGAUCCAAGCUGAGGGGCAGAGACAAGCUUCCAUCUGCCGAUCGGGUCACCACGCCGUCCAAGGUCUGUCGUGCGAGUACCGGAGAACGUUCGAUUUACCACACUUAAUUUCGGGCGCCCUCAAGCGGAAACUCAAAUUAGCGUUUGUUUUUAUCCUUUUGGAGCAGGACUUCGGAGUUCCGAACCGGGUGAUCCCCGAAAUCAUCUGCUUGUAUCUCCAAUUCGAGACAUCCAAAACCCCCACACACAAAAUGCCGCUAACCGGUCCUCUGGAAGCUUAUCUGACCUAG